UGGCGCCGGUCAUCAGUGGUUCUUCCACAGCCAUAUUGAGCACAUCUCCCUGUGCUCCCUUUUUCCUCUGCCGCUGCUGUUACUUACCGUACAAUCAUACACCCCCAUCCCGCCCUCUCACACACUAACACUCCAUCCACCAAAAAAAAAUCACAAAUUAGUAUAUACGCACUCUAGGAAUCUCUAGCAGGACUGAUAUUGUAAGCAUCCAAUUGCGAACGCUGUUCAAAACAUCUUUCAAGUUACUUUCAUAUUUAUUUCUAUUGAGGAGCUGGUAUAGGCGAAUCUACGAACGCUGUUCUUCCGACUCCUCACAGCAGCGUAACAUCUGCGGGAGUUACAGUCAACAAGAUUAAGUAGUGAAAAGUAUAUUGAUAAGAUCAGUGGACCAGCAGUGUAUCCUGCACACUCAAGGAUUUUUACAUUGGACUGCGUCCUCUAGACAGCUACUCCACCAGCACGUCGAAGGAAGGAAGACAGCAGCUCCCGGCCCCACUCCUGGUCAAUGAGGCUUCCGGCGGCUACUUCCUAGUAUGACGGGCCGGGGUGCGGCCAUGUUCCACUAUGUGGCAGCCGCAUUACUUGUGUUGGCGUGUUCAUCACUAGGAGAUGAUCUUAACAAAACAUCAGAAAGUACCUCUCCUGGCCAUUACUUGCUGCCAUCGCUACGUGAAGAUCCAGUCCUCCUCUCGAGUCAGGAUCCUACGCAUGACUUAAAGAUGGCUCCUUUCCUUACGCACCACACAACAUUGUAUGACCUAAGUAAACCUGCAUACAGCCCCACUCAGACAAAGUCAACUCUGGUUUCUCAUUUAUCGCCAAGUGUAAAAUCAGUCCUCGCACCCAGUCCUAUCACACACACUGUUAUGGAAUUAGAUGUCGUUCCUACAGAUGAACUGCGGUCAUCAUCAACUAUAUAUCUACGGCACAUUCGAAGUCCAACUCCUUUACACAAUAAAAAUACUGCCACACACAAUAAUACCCAUGCCACAUCAAACCACGUACUGGUCAUGUCAGAGACUGGUCACCUCAGAGCCACAGCUAGUCAUGCAUUGAGUUCAUCUUCUUCCAGAAGUCUUAUUAUACAUUCUUCUGCAUCAUCAUUUGCUCCAUCUCCAGUAGAUCCUUUCCUCUCCGGCCUCACUGCGAGUGCUUCUGAAUCCACUACUGCUAUCGCCAUUUCCUCUAAACCUCCUCAUCACAAUUCAACAGUACUCAAUGAUGGCUCACCUCUGUUGAAUAAAUCCAUUGAUACUGAAUCUGCCACUGUUUCACAAGAAGAAUACAACAGUAUUUUAACAAGAUUUAGCUUAGACGCUCUGCAAGCAACCCAAAUGGCAGAACGACUAGGCUUGGCAGGGACAGGUAUGGCAGAGCUGGAGCAGGAAUUACUGUUGGGAGGAGACCUGCAGGGCCCAGGAGGACCCAGUGACAGGCCUCGUGCACUACCUCUGGACCGCAACAUUCGCACUACAUCUCAACGAAGUUUUACAUCCAGCAUAUCACAUGCCACCAAGCGGCUGUUCUUGGGUGACCCGACACUUUGUUACUCUGGAACCUGUGAAUUCUUCCUGCUGUGCUGGAUAAGUGGAGGUUUGAUCGAAGGAGGCUGUGGAGGGUUUCUCUUUGCUUGUUGUGUCCGGCAUAACCAGAGAGGACAGCGAGGUCCGGAGUCAUACAGAGAUGACAGUGUGGGUCUUAUUCCUGUAGAUUAUGGCCCUAUCAGGAAUGAUCAAGGCUGUGGUCUGAGUGUAAGCAGCCGCCUGACUGCCCAGCGCAGGAUUGUUGGUGGUACCGAGGCUGGCUUUGGCUCGUUUCCCUGGCAGGCUUACAUCCGGAUUGGCUCAAGUCGAUGUGGAGGAUCUCUCAUCAAUCAGUACCACGUGGUCACUGCUGGUCAUUGCGUUGCCAGAGCUCGACCGUCGCAGAUUCGAGUAACACUUGGUGAUUAUGUCCUUAAUUCAGAGCGGGAGCCUCUUCAUCCUCUUACUUUUGGAGCUUCAGAGAUCAAGGUCCAUCCAAAGUUCAAGUUUACACCACAGGCUGACAGGUUUGAUGUUGCAGUCAUCACUCUGGAUUCACCUGUACACUAUCAGCCUCAUGUCCAGCCUAUAUGCUUGCCAGAAAAAGGAGCAGAUUGGCUCGGAAGUUAUGCCUGGGCUGCUGGAUGGGGAGCUUUACAAUCUGGAUCACGGUUACGCCCAAAGAGUUGCAGGUAGUAGAUGUCCCAUCCUAGAUUCCCGCCUUUGUGAAGAUUGGCA